AUGCGGAGUUUCAGUCGGGUCGCUGUUUUUUCUAUUUUUAUCUUUCUUUUCGUACAUGGGUGCUCUUCGAUUGACAAUCUUAGUCAGGCGUUUCCUAUUAUAGAACCUGAUCCUGGUCACACAAAACUCCGCCUUUCAAGAGAAGGUUUGGAAGCAAUUGAGAGAAUAACAACUCCUAUUGCAGCUGUUUCUGUUAUUGGUCCAGGUCGAUCGGGAAAAUCUUUCCUACUCAAUCAACUUCUCUCCCUUUCAUGUUAUGAAGGUUUUGGUGUGGGGCACACACGUGAUACUGAGACAAAAGGAAUAUGGGUUUGGGGAGCUCCACUGGAAUUGGAUAUAGAUGGAGUAAAAACUUCCGUCUUCUAUCUUGAUACAGAGGGUUUUGAUAGUGUUGGAAAAUCUAAUGUAUAUGAUGACAGGAUUUUUGCCCUGGCUACUGUCAUGAGUUCUGUGCUUAUAUAUAACCUACCUGAGAUGGUUCGUGAAACGGAUAUAUCUCGAUUAUCUUUUGCAGUUGAGCUGGCUGAAGAAUUUUAUGGCAGGUAUAUAGGGCAAGAAGUUGCUUUUGAAACAGCUAAGCUCUUGUGGCUAAUCCAGCGUGAUUUUCUAUUAGGAAAAUCUGUGCAAGAAAUGAUAGACGAGGCUCUCCGACAUGUCCCAAAUGCUGACGGGGACAAGAAUAUUGAUCAGGUCAACCAAAUCCGCGAUUCUUUAGCAAUCAUGGGAACUAACAACACUGCCUUUAGCUUACCGCUGCCUCAUCUCCAGCGUACAAAGCUUUGUGACAUGAAGGACGAUGAGCUAGAUCCAGUUUACGUACAGAAGAGGAAGAGGUUGAAAGAAAUUGUUGCUUCCAUCAUCCGUCCAAAGAUUGUCCAGGGUAAACCUCUCACUGGGAAGGAGUUUGUAUCUUUUUUAGAGCAGAUUCUUGAAGCCCUAAACAAAGGGAAGAUUCCAUCGACAGGCUCCCUUGUGGAGGUCUUUAAUAAGGGUAUUCUUGAUCAGUGUCUGAAACUUUACGGUGAUCUUAUGGAUAACCUUGGUUUACCAGCAUCCGAGGAUUCUCUUCAGAAAGUUCAUGAAGGUUCCAAAGACGCAGCCUUGAAUGUUUUUUAUGAGCAACAUUUUGGUCGUUACCAUGCUAAGAGAUCGGCUGAGAAAUUGGUUGGAGAAAUGGAAAAGAUAUACAAGAAUUACAUAUUGGCAAAUGAAUUUCAAUCUUCAAAACUGUGUGAGGCUCUAUAUACAAAAUGCGAGGACAAAAUGGACCAGCUUCAAGUCCUUAGACUUCCAUCUUUGGCCAAAUUUAAUGCUGGAUUUCUUCAUUGCAACCAAAGCUUCGAAAGGGAAUGUAUUGGACCUUCUAAAAGUAGCUAUGAGCUUAGAAUGAUGAAGAUGUUAGGGAAGUCAAAAUCUCUAUUCAUCGAAAAAUAUAAUCACAAGCUUUUUAAUUGGUUGGUGUCCUUUUCACUCGUCAUGGUGAUACUGGGUCGGUUUGUAAUAAAGUUUAUUUUGAUAGAGAUGGGAGCAUGGAUCGUUUUGAUAUUCUUAGAGACAUAUACACGCUUGUUUUGGUCCGCGGAAUCUCUUUAUUACAACCGAGUGUGGCAUGUUAUCGUCGCAACUUGGGAAACCCUCGUAUACAGCCCCAUCCUUGAUUUGGACAGAUGGGCGAUUCCUCUUGGCACUAUAUUUGCAAUAUUGGUGCUUCAUCGGCAAUGCAAACAGAGUUAUCAUUGGCUGUUUCCUAUGCACAAUAAUAAGAAAGUUUGA